CACUAACUAGAUCACCAUCGACCACUGACUAGACCACCAUCCACCACUGACUAGACGACCAUCGACCACUGAAUAGACGACCAUCGACCACUGACUAAACGACCAUCGACCACUAACCAGUCCUUCAAGUGGUCGAUCCGAAGCCUCGUGUGUCAUGUCAGUUUCACCAGGGACCUGUGUCCUCUUGCUUGUCCUUCUGUGUGGGCUCCGUGUGGACACACAGGCAUCACGACAGGCACGUGACAACGUGACACAACCACCACGGCAGGCACGUGACAACGUGACACAACCACCACGGCAGCGACGGUACCACGUGGUACAUGAACAGAAUCAGCUGAGAUUAGCUUUAAAGAAGUCACGUGACCAGAGAUUUGAGUACCUGACGGCCAACACUGAACCUAGCCUCGUCAGACGGGACACAUCUACCUGCCCAGACCGUCUUGAACUACAGCUUACAGACUACCUAGUGACACCAUCUGGACUGCAGGUGACAAAAUACCUGGCGCGUCACACCAGACAAACACCUGGAUGUGCCGGCUCUGAGGUAGUCAUAGAGGGCAAACCUUACGGCCUGGUGAGAAUAAAGGGACCGACACGUGAUUUGGUAAUAUCACGUGAUCAGGAGUUACUGUUACAGAAAUGUUACCUACCUGUUGUAACUGUAAACAACCUGGUGAAAAGUCACCUGAACAUCUCUACCCAAUCUGUAGUUGAAGAAAACUUGCUCAAGUUGGUUUUAAUCGCUGGACAUGUUGUCUACAUAGCACAAGUUACCUUCUCUGACCCAGGCGGGUAUCACGUGACCACUCUAGCCAUUGACCCCUGCUCCCAGCUCGUGCAAACAGUGGACACACACGAGUCCAGCGAACCCAGUGCACAGCUGUCAAGCUACCAGUUCCACGCAAACACAGGAAAACCAGCACAAAAUCUCGGAAAAUCUGAAUUUUGCGACAACAAAUUUUUCGCUGUUGGCGGCAACAGUAAACUUGGCCAGAUCCGCUACGGGUACAAGCCGUUCUGUGUGGCUGUGACGUCAGACGGCUCAGGCUACUGUCUGCUACAGAACAACAUGGUGGCAGCUGUUGACAUGAAAAACAAAGAAAGCCCGAUGGACAGCCAGGAUGUGGUCAAGUUCCCGUGUAACCAAUCAUACCGAGAGGUCAAGGUCAAUGGCGCACCGUCUCCACUGCUAGACGGUUAUUUCUACUUGACGCAGGUCACCCGCAUGUUGAGAGAGUGGUAUGGGUACCAGCCCAGCAAGAAUCGGUUGCUUUAUCUCCGGGGCAACUUUGGCUGGAACUGCUCCAACGCUUUUCAAGAAAACGAUGGCAUUUAUUUAGGCGGGGGGUGGCGAGUUUAUGUACCCCCUGUCCACGGCUGCUGACUCGGUAGCACACGAAUACGGCCAUCACGUGAUAGCAACUACUGCUCGCUUGGG